CGGCAGCCGAGAGGCGGCACCUGGGUCCUUCCCCCGUCUCCAUCACCCCGCGGCUGCCGUGGAACGGCCGAGCGGAGCGGAGAGGGGUGAGGUCUUUACUACUGUGCUGGCUCACCCAAAAUGUCCAUAGAAUAAUGGAAGCCCCUGAAUACCUUGAUUUGGAUGAAAUAGAUUUUAGUGAUGAUAUAUCGUAUUCUGUAACUUCUCUCAAGACCAUCCCAGAAUUGUGUAGAAGGUGUGAUUCACAAAAUGAAGACAGAUCAGUUUCCAGCAGCAGCUGGAACUGUGGAGUCUCAGCUCUUAUCGGCAAUGCACAGAAACCAACAGGAAUUGCAGAUGUGUGCAAUAAAUUCAGACCAGUGAAGAGGGUUUCCCCAUUAAAGCAUCAGCCAGAAAGCUCUGAGAACAAUGAAAGUGAUGACCAGAAGAACCAGAAGGGAGAAUAUCAGAAAGGCAAUGACUCUCAAUCUGCACCUCCAAGUGAUGACCAGAGUCCAGGAGAAGGAGAGAGCCUUAAAAGCAAAAACAUUGAGCCCGCUGUUCUGCUUGGGGAGCUGGAGCACUAUGACCUGGAUAUGGAUGAAAUUUUGGAUGUGCCUUAUAUUAAAUCAAGCCAGCAACUUGUUCCUUUUACAAAGGUAGCUUCUGAGAAAAAACUUUUGGGUGUGUGUUCAACAGUGAAUGGUCUUAGCAGCAAGACCUGCUCUGCAGCGAACACAGAGAGCUCGCCUGCCAGCAGCACACAGUUCUGUGUGCUGUCUCCAGUGAAAGGCUCUCAGCUGAGAAAAACCCAGCCCAUUGUCCUUGAUCAGCACAAGCAUUUAACAGAAGAAUUAGAGCUUUCCCAGCCUGUAGUGAAGUGUAGCUCAGUCCAUGAAUCUGAAGCCCGGGGUAAGGGCUUCCUCAGCAGGACAUUUGUUAAUCCUCAUGCUCACAAAACUGAGAAGACUGUGCCAAACUGCCACCUGAGAACUUUCCAUCUGCAGACAGCAGUGGCAGAAAACAAGCAGCUAGAGGAACUGAGUAUGAACUGGAGCAGUGUAGGGGGCCCAGAAGAGAGGAGCGAAGAGGUGAAAAAAAUUAAGAGCAUCUUAAACAUUGUAAAGGAAGGCCAAAUAUCUUUACUGCCACAUUUAGCGGCAGAUAAUCUGGAUAAGAUCCAUGAUGAGUAUGACAACAAUCUGUUGCAUGUAGCAGCAUCAAAGGGACAUGCAGAAUGCCUGCAGCAUCUCACUUCUUUGAUGGGUGAAGACUGUUUGAAUGAACGAAACAUUGAGCAGCUAACUCCAGCUGGAUUAGCAAUAAAGAAUGGCCAGCUGGAGUGUGUUCGAUGGAUGGUGAGUGAAACAGAAGCUAUUGCAGAACUAAGUUGCUCAAAAGACCACCCAAGCCUUAUUCAUUAUGCGGGUUGCUAUGGCCAGGAGAAAAUCCUUCUGUGGCUUCUUCAGUUCAUGCAAGAACAGGGGAUUUCACUGGAUGAAGUUGACCAGGAUGGAAAUACUGCUGUUCACAUAGCUGCUCAACAUGGCUAUCUAGGAUGCAUACAGACAUUGGUUGAAUAUGGAGCAAAUGUCACCAUGCAAAACCACGUGGGAGAGAAACCCUCACAAAGUGCUGAGCGACAUGGGCACACCAUGUGUUCCCGCUACUUGGUAGUUGUGGAGACAUGUAUGUCAUUGGCCUCUCAGGUGGUCAAGCUAACUAAGCAGCUGAAGGAGCAGACGGUGGAACGUGUUACAUUACAGAACCAACUCCAGCAGCUUUUAGAAGCCCAGCGGUCAGAGGGCAAGUCACUGCCCACGUCUCCAAGCUUACCAUCAUCUCCUGCUUCUGGCAAACCCCCAUGGAAACCAUCUGAAGCUGAUGAAUUGUCUCCACCAAAAAGUAAAUUGAACACCCAAGAUGGGAUUCAGAUUCUUGGCAGCUUGGGAACUUCUAGUCGCACUCGAGCCAAGACAAAAGAUGAGGACUCAGAUAAAAUCUUGCGCCAGUUGUUGGGGAAGGAAAUCUCUGAAAAUGUCUGUAUGCAGGAAAAGCUGACUUUGGAAUUUCAGGAUGCUCAUGCAUCCUCCAAGAACGUGAAGAAGAUUUUGCCAGAGAAAAGGGAGCUGAAGUUAGCCAGACUGAGGCAACUGAUGCAGAGGUCGCUCAGCGAGUCUGACACAGACUCAGCUAAUUCUGAGGACCACAAGAACACCCCUAUGAAAAGAACUGACAAACCAAGGCCUCAGCCCAUAGUGGAGAGUGUUGAGAGCACAGAGAGUUUGCACCUGAUGAUUAAGAAACAUACUUCCGCAGGGGGACGCCGCUUCCCUUUUGGUAUCAGGGUCUCCAAGUCUGUGGAUGGCCACAGUCCUUCCCCUACUUCAGAGAGCAGUGAUCCAGAUAAUGAAGCACCCUAUCAGCCUGGUGCCAUACCUCAGAGCCAGUUUUGUGGAGACAACUCUCCAUCCAGCAUGGAUGCUGCUCAAAAGGUUGCCACCAGCCCUAAGAGUGCUCUCAAGUCUCCGUCUUCAAAGCGCAGAACCUCCCAAAAUUUGAAACUCCGAGUAACUUUCGAGGAGCCUGUGGUGCAGGUGGAGCUAGCAGAACCAGAACUAAAUGAGGAAAAGGAUAAAGACCGGGGCAAAGGGCUUGCUCGGGCUCCACCUGCUUCUGGCGAGACAGCAGGGGAUCAGCUGAAAAAGCCUUUUGGAACCUUUCGGUCCAUAAUGGAGACACUGAGUGGCAACCAAAAUAACAACAACAACUGUCAAACAGCAAACCUAAUCAAAACCUCAUCGACACUGCCUUUUACCUCAUUAGGAAGGAAGACGGCAGACAGCAAGGGAAAUCCAGCAGCUCUCACAAAAGGAAAAAACAAGCCAGGUCCUUACUUCAACUACACCAGUCUUUCGUCUAGCAUGCUGAAUGAAGAACUUCUGUGUAACUAUGCUUGCAAAUUGGUUCCUGUCAUUAGUCUGCUGCAUGCUGCCCUGUAGCCUGUGAAAUUUAAAUAACUGAAGAACAUCACCAUCAUGUGCCCUACAAGCCCUUCGGCACUAUGUGGAUUUUCCCUGGAUGGUCUGGAGAGCCUGUGUAAUUACCAUUUCAGAGCUGGUCUGAAAAGAACCUUUCUGGAAAAUAGUACGGUGUUUAGUGUUUAAAACCUUUAUAGAUUGUUUUAUGGGGGGGUGUUAUAUUUCUGGACAUAGUCCCUAGCCCACUAUGACUCUAGACUCUUAUGUAGCAAAUUUUAUUAGCAUCUUCUGAGAUCUGAAGUCAUUAUGCAAAAAUCUACCUUGAGUCAGAUGACAUUCCUACCCACCAGUUUCCAGCUUCUUUUUCUUCAGCUUCUGUUUAUUUCAUUUGUUUUAUUUUUUCAUUCAAAAUACCAAAGUAAUUCAAGGCUUUGUAGCUUACUUUUUCAAAUUGGUCACAGCUUAUUACUAAGGGAUUGUAUUACAUUUUCUAAUGUCCUUUUAAAAUUUUAUACACCCGAUUUUUCUCAAAGCCCUAGGGUAAGUUUUGGAUAUGCAGGAUGGGUUGAGUUAUUUUUUCCCCUUUUGGAAGGAUUGGCUAGUUUCUUGCAUGUUACAACUCCAAGCAAAUGCUUGUAGUUUUUUCCAUCUUGUAUGUAUGCCAAUGGACAGUUCCUUCUCACACUUUAAAUCAUCUGAGAUCUACAGUAUAUUAAAGUAAACACAAACUCAACAUAUCAAUACAAAACCCUUAGCUGCAGCUAUAAACAGCAAAAAUUGCUUCAUACAUCAGGGACAAUCAGCAGAAUCUACCAUCAGGUUGCUGUCAGAUGGUAAACUGGGCAUACUUCUAAAAUAAGUGUGUGUGGAUCUCACCUAACAGAUAUCCCACUGCCAGGCAUAGCGCUGGAUAAAUUGCAACUUCAGAUAUAUACUCUAGAAAAAGGAUGCUUAUCUGAAUAACUAAUAAAAUAGUUACCAUUUGAACUACUAAAGUAUAAAAUCAAUAUUAGAGUAAUUUAGGCCUUGUCCCAGACAAUUUACAGUUGUUGUGUUGUGAGCUGUUAUGAUCAUCCUGUUACAUGAGGGGAUAUUUAGUAUUUUAUGUGGUGACACAGGCACCAGAAGAUAUUAGAAAUUUCGUUAGUAGUUAGUAAUAUUGGUAAUAUGUUUGCUUCAGCUCAGCAGGCACUGUUGUAAAAGGCAUGUCUGUUCAACACUGUAACCUACAAACACCUGCAUUAGCUAAAAAUGAUCCUCUUUGAGGUCACAGUGCAACUGUAGACCUGCAGAACAGUGUCUUCGGAGUGCCUAGUGAGCCCAUACAUGGGGGACUCCUCCACAGGGUCUUUCAGCACUACAAGUCUAAGCUAAUGAAGUACUUAAUUGGUGCAAAUUAUCUUAGACUUAGAAAGCAUCCCUUAAAAAAGCUCCAUGGUUAACACUAAACAUACUUAAUAACAGCAGUGCAUGUUAAGAGCCAAAAAGUUAGGCGCUACUCUUUUAGCUCCUCAAACCCAGUCCUACAAAUUCUACCUCCCCUAGUUCAAUUCUAUCUUCUGCUCUUGCUUUGGGUAUGUGGCAACAGCAAUUUAGAUGAAUUAAGGGGAUUUUAAAACAAAAUGAUCCCUUAUGCCCUCUUAUCAGGACCCACGGCUAUGGUCCCUGAGAAGGACAGCUUCUGUUAAAUCCUGAAAUAACCAUGAGGUUAUCUAAGCAUCCUAAGUAUCAGUCUCUUGGGGAUAUUUGGGUUUUUGUGGUGAUUAUAGACUGGAAUAAAGCUAUUCUGCUUUGUAAGAAUUAGGGUCACAAGAUAUGUGAGUUGAAGGCUAACAUUUUAUACACAUACUCUUACCUUUUGCUGUGGGUUUUAAAUCUCCUGCUGGUAUCUGUCCUUUGCAGCAACAAAGGAGUUUUACUGUUCUGCUGUAAUAACUAAAAAUGAGCCUUUUAACCUGUUUGAAAGUUGCUGUGGGCUGGAUGCUAAGUCAAAAAUCCUUCAGCUGGAAGGUUAAUUGAAGAGAGAGGGAAACAUACUGGGGAUUAAGGACAAGGGCAUAUGAAAGGAGGUGAAGAAACGGAGUGUUACAAAUGUUUAGUGUUUAAUUUUUCUACUUUAAUUGGCAAGCUAUCAUCUGAGUCUUAUACACAAUAGAUGAAUCUAAGAUUAUUUAAUUUAAUUUAAAUUUACUCAGUGUGGAGAUGAAGAUGCACUGUAAAGAAAUAAUCCUUAUCUAUGUGUCUACUAAUAUUAAUGAUUUUAAUGGAUAUUUUACUUAAAUCACAGUGUUAAAAGAGAUAUAGGGACCAUAUCAGAAAUUGAAUUACUGCUUGCCAGUUUUCCUGUGGCCUUUGCCAUCAUGUUCUACUUACGCAGACA